GAUUUCCCAGGUUUGCAUCAUGGAUAAGUUUGUCGUACGAAAACCCAGAACUCAAGAAUGUCCUAAGAAGAAAGAUCCUGGAGAAAAGAUUUACAAGCAGGCCACUUUAGAAUCACUGAAGAGAGUUGUGGUUGUAGAAGAUAUAAAAAGAUGGAAAUCUAUGCUAGAGCUUCCAGUUCAAACUAAAGAGAAUCUAAUUGUUGCCUUAGAAGAACUAAGGAAGAAAAUUCCCUCCAAAGAAGUACUCCGUUCAACAAAAAUAGGUCAUACGGUGAACAAAAUGCGUAAGCAUCCGGACCAGGAUGUGGCCACUCUUGCAAAAGCUGUGUAUACGGAGUGGCGAACGUUCAUCAAAGACCACUCAAACAAACCCUCAAUAGAAGUGAGAAGUGAUCCUAAAACAGAGAGCCUUCGAAAGAACGCGUGGAAGCUGCUUGCUGAAGCUCUAGAGGUGGAGAUUGGUCACCUGCUGGUGGAAAAUAUUGAGCGAGAAGCUUUUCAUCUCUCUUCCCGUCUCAUUAACGGGCCCUACCGCAGGACUGUGCGAGCCCUGGUGUUUGCUUUAAAGCACGAGCCUGAAACUCGAGCACAAGUCCAGAGUGGAGUGUUGUCACCGAACGCAUUUGUACAUAGCCACAAGAAGUGA